AUGGAGAGACCUUAUUUCUUUGCGGGUACAAUUUUUAGUGCAUCAAGCAUAAAAGUGGAAGCCAAUCCUUGCACGGUAAUUUAUUGUUCCACUCGUUACAAAUAGUAAACGAAAACACAAUGCAAAAACUAUUUCUCUUUUCUUAGGGUUCCGUCAAUGCAAAAACAGGAUAUGCACCAAAAUACAACAAACCCAAAACUGAAAAACACUACGUACCUGAGAAAACAGAAACAUAAAUCCCAAAACAGAAAUAAACACCCCAAAGCGGAAAUACAUACAAAACCAAAAUACAAAAUUGAACCACAAAACUGAAAGAGAAUUUAAAAAUACAAACCUGAUGAUCAAAAACCCCAAAACAGAAACAAUAGUUUCUCAUGAUUCAUCGUUUUUUUAAUUAUCUUAACCCGAGAUCAGGCGUUUUUUUUUUUUGUUUUUGUUUUUUUUUAAGGGAGGGCAUGAUCACAGGCUAUAAUAGAUCAUUCCGAGUUCCAAAAACCCUCACUUUAAAAAUGAGGCUGAAAGUAAGGUAAAACGGGCAACAAAUUACUGCAGAAGUGCAAAAUGAUGUUGCGCGUGUUAUUAUCCACAAAUCAAACCUGUCUUGUAGCAAAUAAGAUUCAGUGUUGCAAGUUGCGAGAAUACUGACUCCUGAUUGGAUAAAAUUACCCGGGAGUCACGCCAUACACAGGAGUUACGUCACUUGCUUCAAAACAAGUUUGCCUUGGGCCGGUAAGUAAAACGCGCAACAUUGACAGAUUUUGAUGCAAAAAGUAGAACUUCUCUCUUGCUUUUUUGCAUUAGUGGGUAGUAAAAUGCGCAACAUCACUUUUCAACUAGUUUUCCAGCAAUUUUGUAAAACAGGUUUCACGAUUUUGUUGUCCGUUUUACCAUAGUUUUAGAGUGAUUUUCGUAUGACCAUGAAAAGAAAACGCGCGAACAAAAAAGAAACAUCAAACGAACGGAAAUAGAGCGAUUUGACUGGUUUAUCGAACGGAUACAAACGUGCGUGGCUUUUGGAUGGUUAAGAGAACGCGCGAGAACUUUCUAGAAAUCAAACGAUACUUCGCUUUGAAGUCAUAUAACAACACGAUUGGCCAAUCGAACAAUGUUUUCUCCAUAUUAGGGUUUUCUUUGGCGGGAAAGCGAAGAGGCCAUGUCUUGAUCUUUUCCUCCAUUGGCUGAUAAAACAAAUAACGAACACUUACCGAAACCAUUUUUCAACGUCAUAAGAAAAUCUAAUGCAGAGUGAGAUAAAACAGAUUUUAAAUGUGAAAUAUUUGCAGGGGCAGCAAUUUUUUAUAUUCUGUUGCGUCUCAAUUCACAUGUUAUUUAAACAUAAAUAGCUGAUUAAUCACGAGUAGAAACGAACUUUUUACAAAGUCUUAGUGGCGGAAGGAAGGGAAUAUGAUGAUUAUUUUAAUAGGAGAUUAUUUUAUCACUAGUCAAGUUUUUAACCUUGUCUUCUAGGGGGAGGUGCGAAAUUAAUUUAUAAAAUAACUAAGAUAGUACGCGCGCUCUGAUUGGCCGAGAGGAGUGUUUGCAUGAGAGUAUGUAAACAUGGUUGUGGCGUCAAGUUGUUUGGCUUUUCGCGCGCUAAUCACGCAAGCACGAAUUUGAAAAAGUUUUCGAGUUCAAAACUCGACAAGUUUACUUUAUUUACUCAUUCCUUCGUCAGCUGAAACAUGGAAAAUCGUUACAAAGAAGGUGAGUCAAUUUUUCUUCCCUUAAGCUGACAUUUUAAGCGAGAAAAAUCCGUAUUUUGCAAAGCAUCUUUUUGCAAAACAAGAACUGAUUACGCGUGCAAGACUUCGUGGACAAGAUUUUGCGACUGGUAAGAAUUUUUCUUUUAAUCAGUGCCAUACAAAGAGUUUUGCGUUUUUUUUAUAGGGAAAGUUAUUUUAUAAAAGCAAUAGAAAACGUUUUCCGUGUUUGCAUAGCCUGAUAUAAACACGAGAGGGGUUGGGAGAAUUCGAGACAGUUAAGCAAACCCGAGACGAAGUCAAGUUUUUAACCUUGUCUUCUAGGGGGAGGUGCGAAAUUAAACAGUAGUGAUUGUUCCAUAUAUAAAAACGCACCAAAAAAACAAGACGAACUUGGCCAAUAUUCAGCUAUCUGGACCUCACGCUUGGUUAAAAGAGACCUUUAGAUUCGAGGACGAGAACUACUAGGAGUACGACUUUCGCUUUUCUCAAAAACAAAUAUAGACACCCGGAAAGCUCCAUUGUACUUUUGAUUCACCAGAAAAGUUAGCACUGUUACUUAUUGAAGGAGUUUAAUUCCUCUCCCAAAAUAAAAAAAAAUAAUAAAACUUAGCUUCUAACAUUUGAUAACUUGUUUUCGUCACAACGACAUUCUCGGCAAAACUCGUAGUAGAAUGAUGACGGCUAUCACGUUUUCCCGCCAAAAUGACGCUGGCUCAUGCGCGCGCACGGCUUAGCAUUAAGAAAAUCUCGUACUCUUAGUCGUCCUCGUCUUAAAAACUAAAGGUCUCAAAUAACGUAUAUAAUGCAUGUAUUUUACAGGCUUGUGUAGGAGGAAUAGUAUCAUGGAUAAUGCCCUCGUGUCAGAUCAGGCCACCGAUUGAUCCAUCAGUCUUAAGCCAGGAUCCUACACAGGUUAUACAUCUCAUCACUUUAGAAACGAGUCAGAAACUGGGUCGAGUAAACUUUCGCAAAGAUUUCUGGGAUUGCUGUUAAAAACAGCAGAGGAAAGAUUGGCCAAUAGCUUUCGCAAAGACUUCCGGGAUUGUUACUAGGGACAGAGAAGAAGAUUGGCCAAUAGCUGACCGGCGCGACCCCAGUAACAAUCCAAGAAACAAUCGCGGGUCAAAUUUGUUCUCCAAUAAAAUUCCCUUCUCGUUUCUAAAAAGGCGAAUAACACAACUGAAGACUGCUCUCUUUUCCUGAGUCAAAGGAGAGAGACUUUCGUGUGCAUUUUAUCCGCGUUUCCGAAGAAAAAUUUCCACGACUUUCGAACAAUGCCGAACAUAUUCCGGUCAUUUCUGGAGGUUGCUGAAUGAGGCUGUGUCCAGUCCCUCAAACCGUUCGCGAAACUCGACAUUUCGUACUGGAACAUUAUGGGUGGAGACUGAAUAAAAGUUUCUCAGUUUAAUGGUUAAUGACAGGUCAUUCGGAAUUGUGAGACAGGAAUUGUUUUUUUUCCAUCCUUCAUGACUGUGCAAUGAACUAGUGAUAUUGGUGGCCGGCGGGUUUGUCGAGGGUUAUUCUGUCCUGUUGAAUUAAUCAGCCCUAAAAUUAUACCCCCGGUGGAGGAGAGCGGGGGAGCUACUCAACAACGUUUUAUAUGGUAAGGCACCACCCCAUGACCUAACUCCUCACACAUUUAUCGUUAAAGGGGCUCGUCGUAUUUGUUUGGGGUUGGAGCCUCCCCAUAAAAAUUUCAAUGUCACUCAAUUCUUUGCACAAUCCAUUUAGUAACCAAAAGCCUUACAGCAAGUCGAAUUUCCUUGAGUACCAGGCGUCCCUCGCGCCUUCUACUCUCUCGCGCUUGACUUGUGGCAAGUCUAGGACUUCAAUAACACAAUGCACCUUGUUUAUUACUAUUGUUUUAGGUUGAAAAGUAUGCCAAUAAUAGCCUAAACUGGCAUGAGGGAAUGAAAGUGAGAUGGGUGGGAGCUAUAUUAGACGCAAUGAAUGAAAUCCAGGGGAACUUGUCAAGGCUUACAACACCUUAUCUACUUGUCCAUGGUGAUGGAGAUCAAUUACUGAAGAUUGACGGUUCACAUUACUUACAUGAGAAUUCUCCCAGUAACGACAAGACAUUUAAGGUACACGAAUGAGCUGCUUUGCUGACAGCACUGAGCGAACUAAUAGCCUCUCUGUUGGUACUUUUGACGAGUAGUUAGGGCGCGUGACGGUUUAUCAUGAGGGCAGAAAGAGGCGGUCUUAAAACGACGUUUGUUCAUGUGGCGAUAUUGCCCUGCCCGGGGUGAACGUAUCCCAACAACACUCGUGAUUUGUCUUAUUACCCUUUUAGCCCCAGGAGUGACAAAUAUAAAUUUUCUCCAAUCAAUAUCAACACAUUUUCAAAAGGAAAAGGUUAUGAGAAUUUAUAAAAUAAUCACCAAAGAGGAAGUGCUUUCAUCUUUCAAUUCUCGUUUCCAAAACGUGAGUCUAAAGAAUAUGUUGUUUUCCCUCUUCGGCCAAUUUUCCUUCCAGUUGUCAUUUUUAAAUCUACCUAUUAUUUCAUUAUUAACUCAACUGCUUGUAAAACUUGCCUUGUAGGUGGACAAAAAUGGACGCCAUGAACUUUUGAAUGAGGUGGAAGAAACUGCGAGCGUGGUUUACAAGGACAUUCUAGACUGGAUCCAGCAAAAGCUACCUUGA